CAAAAGGCUGAGCCUGGACUCUCGGCGUAGUUUAGGGGCCCCUGUGCGCACGCAGCACACGAAUGCGCACUUGUAUGCCGUUGAAUUUAAAUACUGUCGAGCCUAAGUGCUUAAGCUCACGAGCACAGCCUCAACAAGCGUUUUGCUCCCGAUGGCGAACACUAGGCUCGCAGACGAGGAGGGGCCACAGAGGUUUCACAGAGGUACACGCAGCCUCAGAUAACGGUGACGGGCCGGGGCCAUCAGGUCGGGAUGCUGCGUCGGCGCCCAAACCCCAGUCCGCGGCACCAGGCCCGCAAGGUGCCUCCGGCGUUCCCCCCUGGGCGCUCAUGGGCCGCAUGGUGGCCUCCGGCUCUAUCGCACUCAACAAGGAGCAGAAGCAGAUCUUGAUCACCUCGGCCGCCUCGCGCAUGAGUGGGCUGGAGGCGGACGUGUUCGACCGGCAGCUGCAGGAGCUGCUGACGCUGCUGCCCGACCUGCGCGACCGGCUGCUGAGCCUGAGCCCCGCCAUACUGGUGGAGCUGGCGGCGGACACGGCCGGAGUGGCGCUCAAACUGAUCCAGCUGCGUGAGUGGUUCCCGGCCGCCAACCUGGGCAUGCUGCUGGCUCGGCGGCCCACACUGCUGACGGCGGCGGAGUGGGGCGGCGUGGCGGCGGCGCGGGACAAGCUGCACGCCAUGUUCCCCGAGGGAGGAGUGGACGACCUGGUGACGCGACAGCCGCUGCUGCUGGUGGAGGAUGUGGACGAGCUGGUGGGGGAGCUGGAGAGGCUGCUGCUGCCGGCGGAGGGCGGAGAGUGCAGUUCCGGCGGUAGCAGCACCACCAGCGGCACCACCAGCACAAGCAGCGGCGGCCCGCAGCCGCCCGCUGCUGCUCCGGGUCUGCCUGUGCGGCUGCGGCGCGGCCCCGGGGGUCGUGACCUGCUGCGAGCCGACCCCGACCUGCUGCUGGCGGUCAUGAGCAACCGGCGGCUCAGCCUGUGGCUGCUGCCGGGGGUGGACAUGCGCCUCAUGCUGGCCCGCAACCCGGGCAUCGUCACGGAGCUGCAGCGGGGGCCGGGGGCGCUGGGGCCGGGCGCGGAGUUCAUGGCGGGGCCGGCGGGGCCCAGGCACGGCGGGCCCGCGCAGGGGGGCCCGGGGGGGCGGGGCGGGCAGGCUGGCGGCGCGGGCGGCGGCUACCGGCUGAGUCCGGGGUCGGACCUGGGGCUGGGGGGUGUGGACUGGCUCUGAGGCGGGCUGGGGCGGGCGAGGAGCGAGGAGCGAGGGCGCAGGGGCGCGGCAACAUGAAGACUCGGGCUUGGGUGCGGGCGCCCGCGGUGGCGGCAUGGAGAUGAAUGGAGGCGAGAAUAGAGCGGGGUAGAGCUCGCGUUUGCGGUCGCUGUGUAAGAGAACGCUCCU